AUGGAGACCGAAAGUCCAGAUCGGCCACGCACGCGGGCAAAGAAAGCAUGCCUGUCAUGUAACUCGCGUCGCGUGCGGUGCAACGUGUUAGAAAUGCAGCCCUGCCAAAACUGUGUGUCAUGGAAUCUCACUUGUGAAGUAGGGGUUUCGCGCCGUGGCAAAUAUCCUCGCCGAAAAAGAAAGGGAUCCGCCCGAACAUCCACAACGCCGAGUAACACCGCAAAUUCGUCGGAUUCCCGAGUCACACAGGGACAAUUCCCAUUACCCGGACUGAGCUCUCAGUACCCACCGGCUCGUCCCGUAACAGCGGAGGAUGCAAUCCAUAAAACCGUGUUCCUCGGCGAGUCAAGUCCUCUCACCUGCGUUGUGGAUGAAGGGCGACGAUCUCCAGACAAGGGGUACGCAUGCAGUAUCCAAAAAGGCCGACUUCACUACUCCAUCUCUGAGAUUAGUGGUGCAACGGAAAGUAGCCAUGAUUCACUGGGUCCCCGGCGCAAGUUGAUACAUGAUCGUCUUAGCCGGGAAGGGGCCCUCAUAUUCCCGUCGGCUGCUAUCUGCGAUGCGUUAGUCCAAGCUUAUUUUGACUGGCUCCAUCCAUGUUUUCCAAUUCUCGAUCGGGCAGAUCUGCAAAGUCAGUAUCAAGAUGGCACACUGUCACCAUUGCUCUUCCAGUCAAUGCUCUUCAUUGGAGUGAGCCUAUGCUCGGAUACAGCUUUGAACACCACGGGGGUCCAUAAUCGCUACCAAGCCAAAGAACUAUUCUAUCAACGAGCAAAGGAUAUUUAUGAUUCAGGUUGGGAGACCGAUACGAUUACAAAGUUGCAAUCGUUGUUUCUCCUGAGCUUUUGGCGUGGAAGCCCAACCGAGGAGCGCGAUGUUCGAUUCUGGCUUGGAGCUGCCAUCAGCCUUGCCCAGAAAAAGGGCAUGCAUGUCAUGUCUAAAUUGUCCUUCCUCAAUCCCAAAGACCAAAAGCUUUGGAAACGAAUCUGGUGGGCUUUAUAUGUUCGCGAUCAACAAACAUCGGCAGCUUUGGGGCUGCCACCUCGAAUACGCGAUGAAGACUGUCAAAUCGCUGAUCUUGAAGCUGUAGAUUUUGAGCAAGGCGAGCCUAUGCGACCUCCUGAAAUAUUCCGGAUACCACCAGGAGUCCACAUUCCCUACGUGAUUGGGAUGGCUCAGCUAGCCAGAUUAUGUACGAUAUCCUGGAACACCGUAUCGCAUUUGCUAACAGAUUUAUCAUCAGUGCGGGAAAUCGUCUGCAGCCAGUAUCUACCUGGUCGAUCCAAAUUAGAAAAUGGAGCUCGGCCAAUGCUCCGUCGACGUUUAGAUGACUGGAGGUCGCGCCUUCCGAAAGAAAUGCAGUUUCAAAUGCCCAUGAGCAGGGAAGCCAUGUUCCUGGUUGGCAUGCUUCAUAUGGCCUAUAACAAUUUGUACAUUCUCCUGUACCGACCGAUUUUCUUACACCCCCCAGGUCAAUUGGCAAAUCCAGAAGGAAACGUCGCCCUGGAUGCAGCAACACAAAGCACCCGCAUUCUAGAGGACAUGCUCUCAGAAAACCUGGUGCAACAUGGAUCAGUUCACCUAAUUACCCACACUUUCUCGGCUUUAUGUAUACACACUAUUCAUUUCGGACGGGUCACAGGCACAGCCCGCAAGUUAGCAGAACACAGGGCGAAGUUAUGCCUAUUGGGCUUGAAGGAAUUGCAGAAAUCAUGGGACUUGGAAAACUGGGUCUUGGAUCUCUUCUUCCGGUGCUUGGAUGAUCGUACUGCUCGUGAUCUCCGAUUAGCCGAUCCUGCUAUACCAUUAUCAACAUCACAGAUAGGCGGUCGAAAUAUUGAGAUGUCACCUGCGUCUCCUGCCUGUGGUCUAUAUAGACCCCUUUCUCCUAACGCAGCGGACGAUCUCUUGCAGACUACUCACACAAUGCCUCACCAUAAUCCCGGGGAAGAGGUAGCAAUUAAUAUGGACUGGUAUGAGCUGUUUAACGUGGAGGGUGAUGAUGUUAUGGGCCUUGCUGGCUCACUGUCCAAUCCGGACUAUCUGAACCCACAGAACCUCGAGUUUCUGUAUCGAUUCCUGUAG